CAUACAUUUUGAUCAACUCGCUCCCCAAUUCGACGACCGAGUUCACGAACGAGUUCCCUCAACUUGGUCGGCAACUCGCCCAUCGAGUUCCGCGUCGAGUUGUGAACUUGAUGCCAAGACAUCGGACCGAACGGUAACUCGUCCCGAUGCCACCCCACCGAGUUCGUGUAGCGCCAAGCCUCGUCCAUCCGUUCUUUGCCUGGCACUUCCCGUCCCAUCAAUUAUCUGCAUGCCCUGCUGUCCUUGACUGGUUCAUAACACCCCAUCUUAUGUACAUAUCCGAUCAGGCACCAUUAGCCCAGGCGCGUGAUUUGCCACGAGGUGGCGACCUGCACAUGCGCCAAACCAAGCACGUGCCCAACGAGCCCAAAUUGCUAAGGUACAUAUUACAAGUCAAACAAAAUACCCUUGGUUCCGGAAGGAGGACGUCCUUCAACUUUUGAGCAAUUCAGAACCUGCGCAUAUGUCGAUACUUUUACAAUCAGUGUACUCUAUCUCUUCGCACGCUGAUUUACGUCCACAGUUAUCGAUAAGG